AUGGCUGACCCAACUGUCAUUGUCUUGCCCGGAACGGCUGAUAGCUUCCAUCGUACUGACCAGGGAAGGUCGCAGAUUGCAUCAAAAAUCCAGAAUGCCCUGAACGAAGAACAAUCGCCAAGAUCGACGCAGGAAGGCCCAUUGCGACAGGUUUUAGCCCAGCAAGACAGCUUCUACAAGUAUAUCAACUGGGAAGAUCCUCUACGCACCCUUGGUGUAUAUAUCGGUACCUUGGGCAUCUUGUUUGGGGCACAUUACUUACCCCUCACUCAAUUGGCAUUGAAGGCGGCGGUCACUACUCUUGGAGCCGUCUCUGCUGCUGAGUAUGCCAGCCGGUCCUUCAGUUCCGACUCCUUAUCCACACGCCUUCGACCAAGACAGUAUAGAAGAGUGCCGGAGUCUACACUCAACAACACUCUGAGAGAUGUUCACGACUUUAUUCAAUACGCAGUGGUAGAAGCUCAACGAAUCAUCUAUGGCGAAGACCUGGGAAGAACGUUUGGCGCAUUCGUCGGACUUGCAUCUGUGUAUGCACUCAUUAAAGUCCUUUCUCCGUUUUGGUUAGCUGUAGUCGGAGUGACCGCCAUCUUCGUUGCUCCUCUCGCAGCCUCGCCUCAGGGACGGCAGAUCGCUCAUGACGCCACUGUGCAGGCUCAAAACGCUGCGAACGUGACCGCUCAGAAGGGCGCAGAGCUCGCUCGUGAUGGACAAGCAAAGACGGCGGAGCUGUCCUCCAAGGCACAACAAGCUGCUUCUGACGCGAGCACGACCCUCGGCAACGCUGCUCGGAGCGGGCAACAAACGGUCUACAACGCGACCAACACAACUGCUGAUAAGGCGAGAGACUUGCCGCAAGCAGGCACAAAUGCACUCAACAAUGCUUCUGCAUCUAUUACAUCGACCUUGGGAGACGUCAAGCACAACGCCACCGGCUCAUCGGCGACCAACAACAGCCGGACGUUUGAUGAGAGAACUCGUCAGCCGCCCUCCGGAUAUGUCACAAGCACAGGAUCGGAUGGCCUCUCUCGAUCGUCAAUCAAUGAGACAGAGAUACCAAGACGUGCCCCUUUGGACCUUGAGGAUCAGCUCUCUGCUGAACAGUCUGGUCUGCCUUCACUCCCUAGGUCCUUGCCAGUCAAAUCUGAUAUUGAGGGUUUGGGAAAUGGAACGGCUACGAUUCUCCAAUAA